AUGGCUCUAAAAAGGCCGAGAGCUUCAAACUCUAAUACUAAAAAUGAUCACGAGAUGUCCACGUCGCGGUGGAUUCAUGAGACUGUGAAAGGUUCUCAUGAGUUUAAGAUAAAAGGAUAUUCUCUAGCAAAGGGAAUGGGAGUUGGUAAAUACAUGGCUAGUGGAAAAUUCACAGUUGGUGGUCAUGAAUGGGUUGUACAUUUUUAUCCAAACGGAAAUACUGAAGCUAGCAAGGAGUACGUAUCCGUGUUCCUAAAAUUAAUAAGCCCUGGACAAGAAGUUAGGGUGUUGUAUGAAUUUAAAUUACUGGACCAAAGCUCCAGUAAAUAUGGUGUUCAUUAUGUUAGUCCUGAACCUCCAAUGACGGGAUGGAAUAAGUAUACGAAGAGGUCGGAAUUUGAGACCUCAAGCUAUCUCAAGGAUGAUUGUCUUACCAUCCAUUGUACGGUCAGAGUAGUGCAAACUCAUGUUGAAACAUUGCAAACUCGUGUUGAAGAAGGGCAGCAAUAUGUUAUUCCCGUACCUCCAUCAGAUUUGAGUCAGAAUCUCAAAGGUUUGCCGGAAUCUGGAGUUCAUUCUGAUAUUACUUUUCAGGUUGGCGAUAAAUCUUUCAAAGCCCAUAAGUCGAUUAUUGCAGCGCGAUGUCCACCUCUAGACACGGAAACGGUAGCCAUUGAAGAGUUCGAUCCCUUUGCCUUUAAGGCCAUGUUGCUAUUUUUGUACUCAGAUGAACUUCCUGAACCACGUGAACUUUCUGAUUUAGAUCCUCAUUGCACUUCAACUACAAUUAUUCAACAUUUGUUAGUUGCAGCAGAUCGCUUUGUUCUUGCCCGAUUGAAACUCAUGUGUGAAGCAAAAUUAUGUGAACAAAUAGCUGCAAAUACUGUGGCAACAAUACUGGCCCUUGCAGAUCACCACCAAUGUUUGCAACUUAAAACUGCCUGUCUAAACUUUGCAGCUAAACCCGAAAAUUCUGGAGAGGUUAUCAAGUCUGCUGGGCUUGCGCGUUUGGAGAAGAACAAUCCCUCACUAGUGAUUGAGCUGUUGAAGGCUCGUGCAGUGGCAGAUGAAAAAUGA